GCUUAGUUGGCGGUGGUGGGCGGGAUGCUGCUGGGAGGAGAGAAAGAGAAAGCGGAUGCUUUGUAAUGAGUCAAGUUAGUCAGUUCAACUUGAUGGAAGUUCCAUGUCAGUCACAGGGCUGAAUUUGUUUUCUUCCCACUGUCGAGUCAACGUACGGCCUCUUAUAAAGAGAAAUGGUACCCCUCGUCUAGACUUGGUUCCAUUGUCUCAUACCAAGCAUCAGAUACCCUGACACCUGUACUUGUCUCAAGGUGCCUACUACGCCGUUGGACAGCAGCACUUACACUGGACCUGCCCCCUCUUGUUACACCAACCACAGCACACACCGGGCCAACAGCCAUAACGUUAUCUCCGGCCGGUCUGCCGCCAACUUACUGUCCCACUGGGGUCUAUUCUCUUGUCCCGAACUCCAUCUUUCUCUCUUCUCUCUCGCAGUACACCAGCCGCAAUGGGUACUUGGUUAACCUCCUCCGCCGCGAGCAUGGUCUCACCCAGCAUGGCUCCGAGCCACGCUAAGCGGAUGGCGUACCCCAAGUCGGACAUCAACGUGAACCUGAAGGACCACUACAGCUCCAAGGUCUACACUUCUCUCUCGCCCGUGACCGGCGACCUGACCAUCACAACCAAGCGCGAUGUCAGCUUCGACUCAAUCCAGAUCCUCCUGCUCGGCUACACCAAGACCUUGUUCGAGGGCCUGUCGGCGCCGCAAGAAGUCACCCACACGUUCCUCAAGAUGGUCAUGCCGAUUCCCGAGUCCACUUACCCCGUGCCGAGGGUGCUCGAGACCGGCCAGACUUACACUGUCCCCUUCAACUUUGUGAUCCCGAGCCAGCUCACCAUCAACGCGUGCAACCACGCUCGCCUCUCGGACGCCAUGCAAGACCACCACGUGCGGCUCCCGCCUAGCCUUGGUGGCUGGGAGCGCGAUGACAUGGCGCCACUCAUGGCCCAGGUCGAGUACAAGAUCACGGCGCGCGUUCUGCGCCACGACGGCGACCACAAGACCCGCAUCAUGGAAGCGAAUCAGCCCCUCCGGGUCCUCCCCGCGAGCCCGGAAGACCCGCCACUCAACAUCACCGCCAAGGACCGCCUCUACCGCAUGUCCAAAGCCAAGACUCUCCGCAAGAACAUCCUCGCCACCAAGCUUGGCCGAAUCACAGCGGAGGCCAUCCAGCCGGGGGCGGCGGUGCUCUCAGCGGACGGGCGCCGCGUCAUGUCGCACCCGAUGGCGCACAUCCGGCUGGCUUUCGACGCGGCGUCCCCGCGCGCGCUGCCGCCGACCAUCACGGGUGUCACAGCCAAGGUGACGGCGCACACCUACUACUCCUCGGGCACCAUCGCCUCCUUCCCCAACCUCGGCGAGUGGAACGCGCCCUACCUCACCGACCGCCGCGGCCAGUUCUUCACCUCCACCGCUCUCCCGCCCGUCACCCUCGCCGAGCAACCCGCAUGGACCUCCAGCUCCCAACAACCAACCCCCGCCCCCCUCGCCCGCCGCGACUCGGGCUACGGCAGCAGCCUGCACUCCAGCAACAGCAGCAGCAGCGACCUCGCCCACCAGCACCUCCUCUCCCCCAAGCAGCAGCACGCCAACCCAUCCCAACCCCAUCAACAGUCCCAAAACCAACAGCAACCGCAACAACACACAGCAACCCUUGCCAUCCCGCUCUCCCUGCCCACCGACAAGAAGACCCUCGUCCCGACCUUCCACUCCUGCAUCGCCAGCCGCGUCUACACCGUCCAGCUGACCGUCGCGCUCGCCAGCAAGGGGGCGUCGAACUCGCUGUCGCUCGUCGUGCCGCUGCAGGUGGCUUUUGGAUUGGAUUUGCAGGGUUGUACCAAAAAAGGAUAGACGAGUGAUGAGCGAGAUACCUGAGUAAUAAUUUUAAGUACCUAGUCCUAAAUUUUCAAGUUUCAACUAUCA